GAUGGCCCUUGAAGCUUUGAAUUCUCCAACUGGUACUUCAAAUCCGCAGACAUUUCAAUUUGAGAGCAAAGGUCAGCAACAGCUUCGGUACCUUGAGAGUUGGACUAAAGGGGAGAGAUCUAAGAGGUCACGGAGUAUGGAUCGUCAGCCUACUGAAGAGGAAUAUUUGGCGCUUUGUUUGAUUAUGCUUGCGCGGAGCGAUGACUCUGUUAGUCAGGUACGAUCUCUACCACCGCCGGUGCCAGUGAUGAAAAUCAACACGCUGUCGGAGAAGAUUGAAGAUAAGAUGUUGUAUAAGUGUUCGGUUUGUGGUAAGGGAUUUGGAUCUUAUCAAGCUUUAGGAGGACAUAAAGCUAGUCAUCAGAAACUCAUCGCCGGUGGCGGCGAGGGAGAUGAUCAAUCGACUACCUCAGCUACUACUAACGCUAUCGGCGGCUAG